CCAACCGGAAGUCCUCCGCGGCUCCCGGAAGCGCUCAAGCCUGGGCGAUGGCAGACUUGGACGCCUCGCUCCGGGGCGUACCCGAGGCCGCGGCGCCCCCACGGUAGAGCGGACCUGGGUCCCGAGGAAUGGAAGGGUCCAAGGCGUGCAGCAGCACCAUGCAGGUGAGCUUCGUGUGCCAGCGCUGCAGCCAGCCCCUGAAACUGGACACCAGCUUCAAGAUCUUGGACCGCGUCACCAUCCAGGAGCUCACAGUAUUUUCCUUGCUUCUAGCUCCAUUACUUACCACAGCCCAGGCGAAGCCAGGAGAGCCCCAGGAGGAGGAGCCAAACCCAGGGGAGGAGCCAUUUGUUGAAACGCGCCAGGACGGCGUCUCCCGCAGGUUCAUCCUCCCAGCCAGGAUGAUGUCCACAGAGAGUGCCAACAGCUUCACGCUCAUCGGGGAGGCGUCGGACGGUGGCACCAUGGAGAACCUCAGCCGCAGGCUGAAGGUCACCGGGGACCUUUUUGACAUCAUGUCAGGCCAGACAGAUGUGGAUCACCCACUGUGUGAGGAGUGCACGGAUACGCUCCUGGACCAGCUGGACACGCAGCUCAACGUCACUGAGAGCGAGUGUCAGAACUACAAGCGCUGUCUGGAGAUCCUGGAACAGAUGACCGAGGACGACAGUGAGCAGUUACAGCGGGAGCUGGAGGAGCUGGCCCUGGAGGAGGGGCGGCUGAUCCAGGAGCUGGAGGAGGUGGAAAAGAACCGCAAGGCGGUGGCAGAGAACCUGGAGACGGUGCAGGCCGAGGCCGAGCAGCUGGACCAGGAGGAAGCCCAGUACCAGCGGGAGUACAGCGAAUUCAAACGGCAGCAGCUGGAACUGGACGAUGAGCUCAAGAGCGUGGAGAACCAGAUGCGCUACGCCCAGAUGCAGCUGGACAAGUUGAAGAAGACCAACGUCUUCAACGCCACCUUCCACAUCUGGCACAGCGGCCAGUUUGGCACCAUCAACAACUUCAGGCUGGGCCGCCUGCCCAGCGUCCCCGUGGAGUGGAACGAGAUCAAUGCUGCCUGGGGCCAGACUGUGCUGCUGCUGCACGCCCUGGCCAGCAAGAUGGGCCUGAAGUUUCAGAGGUAUCGGCUUGUUCCCUAUGGAAACCAUUCAUACCUGGAGUCGCUGGCAGACAAGUCCAAGGAGCUGCCGCUGUACUGUUCUGGAGGGCUGCGGUUUUUCUGGGACAACAAGUUUGACCACGCCAUGGUAGCUUUCUUGGACUGUGUGCAGCAGUUCAAAGAAGAGGUGGAGAAGGGCGAGACGCGGUUCUGUCUUCCUUACAGGAUGGACGUGGAGAAAGGCAAGAUCGAGGACACCGGCGGCAGCGGGGGCUCCUACUCCAUCAAAACCCAGUUCAACUCCGAGGAACAGUGGACAAAAGCACUCAAGUUCAUGCUGACCAACCUGAAGUGGGGUCUGGCCUGGGUUUCCUCGCAAUUUUAUAACAAAUGACUUCCUUUUUUCCUUAGGGGGAUGAUCGCCCUAAAGGCUUUAAAUUUUGUUCUGUUUGAAGAAAAAGUUUUAAACUAAAUUUGGGUGAUAUUAAACAGCACGCUUACAACACCAAAAGAGACAAAAUCCCCAAAAGCCGCUUUAUUUUAGGGUAACAUGUGGCAAGUGGUUCCCGGAACUGCAGCCGCCGCCCCGGCCUGGCUUUGACUCCUGCCCCUGCCUUCCUUUCUUUGUCUCCCUGAAAAACGACUCAUUGCACUUUCUUGUUUUAACCGAGUUGAACCAAAGCUGAUGUGCUUUCACUGGAUUUUCUCUCUCAACCUCCUGCGCUUAUAUAAAUACGGAGUAGAAACUCUGGUUUCUACUGGGACGCAGAGCUGUGCGAGCGCCGUUGGAUGACAGCGAGAACGGCGUGCAGGCUGUGCCCGCGCUCUGCGUGCGAUCACGUGAUGCCCCCGCGGGAGCCUGAGACUGAGCCCGCUGCUCCCCUCCCUGGCUCCGGCUCCGACACUGACUGGGAGCCCUGCUCUCCCCGCAGCGGGCUGGGCCGGCCGUGCGGGCGUGGAGCUGGUGUGUUGGGGACGUUCCGUUCGGAGAGGUUGUAUUUGUAAUAAAAGGUUUGCUGUA